UCACGUGUUCCGUGUGUGGCCGCUAGAGGCGCUGUGGUACUGUGGCACAAUAAAAGGGUUAUGGCACCGAGCUCCAGAUAGCUACAAAAGUUACAAUUAUUCCUCAAAAAUGUCGCCGACGGUGAAGAAGUCCCCCACACAGGAAAACGGCCAGCUAAAUAACAGUAUCGAGGGAAAAUAUGAGGGCCACCCAGCUGGCACAAGAGCCGAGGACGAACCUCUUCUCCGGGAGAACCCCAGGCGGUUCGUCAUCUUCCCCAUCCAGUAUCCAGAUAUCUGGAAGAUGUACAAGCAAGCCCAGGCAUCUUUCUGGACGGUGGAGGAGGUUGAUCUCUCCAAAGACCUGGCGCAGUGGGACCUUUUGAAGCCUGACGAAAAACAUUUUAUCUCGCAUAUCUUAGCCUUUUUUGCCGCCAGCGAUGGUAUUGUCAAUGAGAAUCUGGUGCAGAGGUUCAGCCAGGAAGUGCAGCUCCCUGAAGCACGCUCCUUCUACAGCUUCCAGAUCCUCAUAGAGACCGUUCACUCAGAGAUGUACAGCAUGCUCAUCAACACUUACAUCAGGGAUCUGAAACAGAGGGACCAUUUGUUUAACGCUAUCCAGACCAUGCCUUGCGUGCAAAGAAAAGCGGAUUGGGCCCUCCAAUGGAUAAAUGACAACAAAUCCACCUUUGGGGAGCGACUUGUGGCUUUUGCAGCUGUGGAGGGGAUCUUCUUCUCAGGCUCAUUUGCUGCAAUCUACUGGCUGAAGAAGAGAGGCCUCAUGCCAGGCCUUACCUACUCCAAUGAACUCAUUAGCAGGGAUGAGGGUCUGCACUGUAACUUUGCCUGCUUGCUGUACAGCUACCUGCUAAAAAAGCCUUCAGAGGAGAGAGUCAAAGAUAUUCUCAGCAAAGCUGUUGGCAUCGAACAGGAGUUUUUGACGGAGGCCUUACCGGUCGAUCUCAUCGGAAUAAACUGCUGUCUCAUGAAGCAGUACAUCGAGUUUGUGGCCGACCGGCUUCUCGUUGAUCUUGGACUGGCCAAGGUUUACAAUGUGGAAAAUCCUUUUGACUUCAUGGAGUCCAUUUCUCUUGAGGGAAAAACAAACUUCUUUGAGAAAAGAGUAGCGGAGUACCAGAGAUUCGGAGUGAUGUCAGGCAUCAUGGACAGUGAAUUCACUCUGGAUGCAGACUUCUGAAACUGAGAGGACACCAUCAUUGCAGUUAUGGUUUACAAAAAGCAACCACUCUGAAUAAAUGUAGAAGUGUUCUUUAUCUGAACAAAAAACAUGAACUCCUUGCUAGGUUUUAAAUCGGAUAAAUACAAUCGCAGAUAAAGACAUUAUGACAUACAAUGCUUUUAGAAGGAAGGUUAAGCCAAAAUAAAACAGCAUUUUCUUGUUAAUCUGAGGUUUAUUUAUCUUCAGUAAGGAGGAGAUGGUUUUCAUUAUAUGCUGAUGUGAAACCUUAGAAUUACAAAAGGUGUAUUUUAUUAUUCCUGUGACUAUUUGUUAUAUUUGAUCUAUUUAUUUAUGGCAAAAAGAAGAUUGAGUAAAAAAAUAUGAAAGUAUUGUUAUACUAUUUUUUUUUAUUUGAAAUAAAAUUCAGUCAGUACUUGUGAUCUGUUUAAAGUUAACGUUUGCUGUUAAUUAUUCAGAUAAUUAACAACUUAUAAAAGCAGUAUGGAAACAAACCAAUUUUUCUUUUGUUGGGUUUAUUUUAACAUGCGAGUCUUUGAGGACAAUUAUAUCCCACCUCAUUUCAUCAAGACUACACUUUCUGCAGUUUGUUGUUUGUGUCCAUGGUUUCAAGUGUUUUUAUUUUUUUAGACAUUUAUAUUGUUCAAUAAAAUGAUCGUUUUCAAAUAAUCAA